AUGCAGAUACUUGCCAUAAUAACAACCCUAAUAUGUUUCAUAUUCAUAAGACUAUCGUGGGCUACAGAACGACUAGGGAAAUCAACUGACCCAGCCUUUAGACAGAAGAAUAAGGUCAUACAUCCGAGCGAUGUACAAUAUAACCAACAACCACAUAUAACGGCAAAUCAACAUGAACCAGCUAAUCAACUACUGCAGCAGCAACAACAACAACAACAACAGCAGCAGCCUUUACACCAUCAGGCACAGAGUAGGUCGCUUUUACCAUUAGAAUUUCGAUCGAUUGAUGAUUGCGAACUACAAGACAUUCUACUCAUUAGUGACAUUAAUGGGAACUUGCAUGGAAUUGAAAGAAGUACUGGAACUAUGGUCUGGACAUUGCCUAUAGAUGAGCCUUUAGUUAAAGUUCAAGCAAAUAAUACUUUUGAAAACCUGAAGAGUCAGCAAUCGAAUAUCUUGUGGUUUGUGGAGCCCUAUGAGGAGGGUACCUUGUACUAUUUUACCCCCAUGUUUGGUUUAAACAAACUACCAACAAGUAUAAAGCAUUUAGUUAUGGAGUCGCCGUUUUCGCUCAGCGGCGAUGAUAAGAUUUACACUGGUACAAGGAAAACAUCAUUGUACAGUUUAAACAUCCAUACAGGAGAGGUGAAGUCAUCAUUUGGUAACCAAGAUGAGUGCCCGGUACUGCAAACUACUUUGCCUCCCAGACCUGGUGGACAAGACGAUACCAUAAUGAUUGGUAAAACAACGUAUGAAUUGUCCAUCCAUUCCAAAACAAAUAGUAAUAUUGUUUGGAAUGUGACUUAUAAUCAGUGGGUACCGAACAAUAUUGAUAAUGACUUGAUUAUGCAAAACAAACACUCUUUGGACAAGUUGUAUUUUACGCCUUUUCAUGACAGAUCAUUGCUCGCUAUAAAUAAAGACAUUGGUACUCCGGUUUGGAUUAGUCGGUUGCCAGCAUUGGCUGUAAAUAUAUUUGAUGUUUUCCAUAAUGAUAAGCAGCGGGAUUACGUUCUAUUGCCACAUCCAUUAGAAGUCUUGAAUCAAUUACAAACGAGUGACGCCAAGAAUGACGAUUUAGUUUUUAUCAACAAAACAGCAGAUUCGAAUCAGUGGGUUGCCAUGAGCUUUCACAACUAUCCCACAUUGAUUAAAAGUGCGCCUAUUUCCAAAUACCAAGCUAUCUUGAAUCAAUAUUACGCAGGCGUUAACGAGGCAGCAGGGUAUAUUGAAAACUACCAACUUUCAACGGGCACUCCAGAGCAGGUCGAGCUGUUGAUUACUGGUAUUCAUCGAGUCGUGGAAUUGACACGCGACUCAUGUUACCAACCGGUAUCAAAGUUUUCGUCUCCAAAAGAUGUCAAAAGAAUUGGAGAUGGUAGUGAAGAGAAUAAAACCCCAGCACAGCUGAUUCCAAACAUCAUUGAUGGUAUCAAAUUUCCUGCCAAGGUGUCGACUAUCGGAUCAGAUGUAAUUAUGCUUGAGCCUGUGAAGGAUACCGUGGAAAACUAUCAACCGAUUUCAAGUAUCUCUGGGUCAGGUGCAAUCAUGAAACGUAUAGCUGAAGAUAUUGGCGUCAUGAUGGUUAUUCUUAUUUUGGUAGUGGCUUUUGGAAGAUCAAACAAGUAUGUUAAAAGGCUAUUUGGGGACUUUAGAGUCAAUAGUGACUUAGAAGUUGAUGCAGAGGAGAAGGCUGAGAACGUCGUUGUUCUUGAUCAACUGCUAAAUGAAGAGUUUCAUGGAGUGAACAACCCGGAAGAAACAAAGCCAGCAGUAGAUGAAACACCAGAUGGUAAUAAAGAAAAGAUCAUGGAAGUUAUUGAAGUAGAGAACCUUCAAUCGUCUGAAAAGCCUACUGAAAACUUGCAAAAGAAAAAGGUUACUAUUAUAGAACCGGAAGCCGCUUCAGUUCAAGAAUUUGACACUGGUGUCAACUCUGAGCUAAAGCAAGAGGAAGAACAGUCUAAUAAUGAACCGCAUAUCAAAGCGGCAUCAGCACUCGAAGAUGAGAAAGAACAUACUGAGACCGAACAAGUGACAAAGAAAAAGAGGAAAAGGGGCAGCAGAGGAGGAGCUAAACGAGGUGGAAGACACAUCAACAAAAACAAACCCGUCGAAGAAAAGGAAUCUAGCAACGAAGACAAAAAUAGCGAAGAAGAAAAAGACGAAGCAGAAGAAGAAGGAGAAGAAGAAGUGAUUGCGACAAAGAGUCUUAUACAAACUCUACCAUUGCCACCAAAGCAAAAGAAGAAGCUUCAAAUUGAAAAUAAUUUGGUGAUUUCAGACAAAAUUCUUGGUUAUGGUUCUCAUGGUACGGUUGUAUUUGAAGGUACUUUUGAAAAUAGGCCUGUUGCCGUUAAACGUAUGUUGCUUGAUUUCUUUGACAUUGCAAAUCACGAAGUGCGGUUGUUGCAAGAGUCGGACGACCAUCCUAAUGUGAUUAGAUACUUUUGUUCUCAAUCAUCGGAGUCGGAGAAGUUUUUGUACAUUGCAUUAGAGCUUUGUUUAUGUACUUUGGAAGAUAUUAUCGAAAAGCCACAAAAGGUUGCUGACUUGUCGAUACCGAGACGAAAUGAUAUAUUGUAUCAAUUGGCCAGUGGGCUACAUUAUUUACAUUCAUUAAAAAUUGUCCAUCGUGAUAUAAAACCACAAAAUAUAUUGGUUGCCAAUGUUAAAAAGACCAGCCAUUCAAGCAAAGACGAAAUCAAGCUGGACAAGAUACAAUAUGAAAAUAAUGUUCGGUUAUUGAUCUCCGACUUUGGAUUGUGUAAGAAGCUAGAGCAUGAUCAAUCAUCAUUCAGAGCAACCACUCAACAUGCGGCAUCGGGAACGUCUGGAUGGAGAGCUCCAGAAUUGCUUCUCAACCAUGACUUGUUGGAGAUUUCGCCUGACUCCAUCUCAUCUGUCCAUUCCAAUGGUGCUAUAUCGUCGGCCACAUCAUCAACAACAACAAUAUCCGCCAGCGGUAAACGAUUAACUAAGGCCAUUGACAUAUUUUCACUAGGGUGUGUGUUUUUUUACAUCUUGACUAAUGGAUUACAUCCAUUUGGAGAUCGGUAUAUGCGCGAAGGAAACAUCAUCAAAGGUGAGUACGAUUUGUCUAUAUUGCUCACGAAAUGUCCUCAUGAUAAGUAUGAAUCAAUUGAUUUGAUUGCAAGUUUAAUUCACGCCAACCCAGCCAUGCGUCCCAACACCACCAAAAUUCUCAAUCAUCCACUUUUCUGGUCAAAUAUCAAACGUCUUGAGUUUCUACUUAAAGUCAGCGAUCGUUUCGAAAUUGAAAAACGUGAUCCACCUAGUGACUUGUUACUUGAGUUGGAAAAACAUGCCAAAACAGUGCACAAUCUCGAUUGGCAUUUACAACUUGAUGAUGACGAAUUCUUGGAUAAUUUGGGCAAGUAUCGCAAAUAUCAAGCGGCGAAAUUGAUGGAUUUAUUACGAGCUAUACGUAACAAGUAUCAUCAUUAUAAUGACAUGCCGCCUAGUCUACAAGCCAAGAUGGCGCCGUUGCCUAAUGGAUUUUAUCAAUAUUUCAAUGAUAAGUUCCCUCAUUUGUUGAUGGAGAUUUAUUAUUGUGUUCAGGAGAAUUUGAGAGAUGAACAUGUAUUUAGUGAGUAUUUUGCAUAG